AUGGGUCUGAUAAAUCAAAUCAAUGUCACAGGAUUUUACAUACAAGGAUUUUCUGAAUUAUCAAGGAUGCAAAUCCCACUUUUUAUUCUGUUCCUAACACUGUACCUCGGUAUCCUGCUUGGGAACAUGACGGUUUUUGCUGUUGUGUCACUAAGUCCUCAUUUGCACAAGCCCAUGUAUAUCUUCCUGAUGAACCUUUCAUGCAUUGACAUCACUUUCACCACAAACAUUCUUCCUAAACUUUUACAUGUGCUCAUAACUCAACAUAACUACAUCUCAUUUGCAGGGUGCAUGACACAGAUGUCCUUUUUUGGAUCAAUGGUGUGCAGUGAAAUUUUACUUCUGACAGCUAUGGCGUACGAUCGCUACAUAGCCAUAUAUUAUCCUUUAUAUUAUGUUCUUCGUAUGAGCUUAAGACAUUGUUCUGUCUUAGUGAUUGCAACCUGGGUUUUAGGUUUUUUAGAAUUCACAGGACAUGCUGUGCUAAUAUCUAAGCUAUCAUUUUGUGCAUCUAACGUAAUUGAACACAUUUUCUGUGAUGUGACCACAUUGCUGAAACUCUCCUGCAGUGACACAUUUAAAGUGGAAUUACUAAGCUAUAUGGAAGGUGCACUAAUGACUGUCAAUUGUUUCAUUUUUACUUUGGUCUCUUACGUUUUUAUUAUCUCCGCUAUUCUAAAUAUACAGUCAUCAGAGGGGCGAAACAAAGCAUUUUCGACUUGUAGUUCCCAUCUGACCAGUGUUAUUAUGUUUUAUUUGACAUUUCUCUGUUUGUAUAUGAGACCAACAACAAGUUACUCCCCAAGUCGAGAUAAGUUUUUUGCUCUUUUAUAUGUUGUGAUUAAUCCUUUAAUGAACCCUUUUAUAUACACUUUAAAAAAUAAAGAAUUUCAAGUCAGUUUAAAGAAAUUUAUUUUACUACAAGAAUGA